AUGUUCCCAAUUCUUUUGAUUCACAUAUUCAUUGCAGAAGUUACGUGUGAUAUGGAACUGAAAUUAGUUCGAACUUUAUUAAAUUCUACGAUUUAUGAUAAAUCGAUUCGACCAGCUUUGGAUCAUCGCGAUGUAACCAAUGUUUCAUUUGAUUUAUCACUUGCACAAUUGAUCGAUGUCGACGAGAAGAAUCAAAUCAUUACUACAAAUCAAUGGUUAACUAUGACUUGGCCUGAUCCCAAAUUGAGAUGGUCUCCACUCGACUGGGACAAUGUUAGCUUAGUACAUAUUAAAUAUGAUAAAGUUUGGUUGCCCGACAUCGUUCUCUACAACAAUGCCGACAAUCUGGCGGCAUUGAGUCAAAUAUCCACGAAUGUGAUGGUUUCAUCGGAAGGGAUUGUAACAUGGCUAUCGACAGGCAUUUUUCGUAGUUCAUGUUCGAUCGACGUUCGAUAUUUUCCGUUUGAUGAACAAAAUUGUACAUUGAAAUUUGCGUCAUGGACUUAUGACAGUGCUCGAAUAGAUCUCUCGCAAAAAUCACCAUCAGGCGAUUUGACUAAUUUCAUGGCGAAUUCCGAAUGGGAAAUUGUUGGAUUACAUGUGAAGAAAAAUGUUGUCAAAUAUUCAUGUUGUCCAGAAACGUUUCCAGAUUUAACAUAUACCGUACAAAUGCGUCGUCGUCCAUUGUUCUAUGUAUUUAACAUGAUGCUGCCAUGUUUUCUCAUCACAAUAGUGGCUUUUCUUGGUUUUUGUGUUCCAUCCGAUAGUGGAGAAAAGGUUUCAAUUGGUGUAACGACCCUUCUUUCAAUGACCGUUUUUCUCAUGUUAGUCGCCGACAGUAUGCCACCCAAUUCCGAUUCGUUACCAUUGAUUGGUGUAUACUAUUUUUCUGCGAUUAUCAUCGUGAGUAUCGCCACAGCAAUGUCAGUUGCGUCGCUUAAUCUCUAUCAUCAUGGUAAACAUUAUCUUCAACCUGUACCCAAUUGGAUAUCACGUUUAUUCUUCUUCAUUAUUCCAAAACUUCUUUUCAUGAACAUCGAUCUGCCUGUGCGUUUUCAGAAAGAACACAAUCAUACAAAAUUUCCAAGCUACAAGAAACAAGCAAAAUUGACUCCUACAAAUCAUACAGAACCUUCUCAAAACGGCCUGUUACCCUUAGACGAAGAUUCGAGUGAACAUGAAAAGCUUACCGUUAUCUCUUCUGACAACAAUCACAAUCAAUCGAGUCCCUUAGUGCUUCGUUCGCACACACCAAAACCGAAAUCCAGUGAAAACAACCAUUUUAAAGCAUCUAUUCCUUAUAUCUACCGCUUCAUGGAACAAAACGAACGUCGAUGUGAACAACAAGAGCACAAUGCAACUAUCGGACAGGAAUGGCAGAUUUUAGGACGAGUGAUCGAUCGAUUAUUUGUUGUUUUAUUUUUAAUCGGCACGAUGCUUGUUUUUGGAUUCAUCUUUCAGCAAGCACCUGAUUUGCGACUGAAAUAA